AUUUCAGUUUAAUAUUUAAGGUUUGAAGAUGAUUCCAUGUUAAUUACGAGGUUCAUUAGGUAUGAAGAGCACGAAUCACAGAUGGACAAAUACUCGACUAUAAAUGAAUGAAAAUAAUUUUAUACAUGUUCCCCCUGUUUUCCUACUCAAACAAGUGGGUUAUUUCUAUGUUUGUGGACGUGAACAAGAAUUUUACGACACAUGCCAACAGCACUACAGCUAAAAUGCAGUGUGUCUGCAAUGUUGUGGAAUUCGGUCCCGUCGAGGUUUGUUUCCUGUCGGCCCGUUAUGCGGUUACGCUUCACAUUCCACACAGCGACCGAGGGAUUCACAGCCCCUGUCUCAACCGUGCAAAACUGUUAUUUUAUCGAAGAAUUUGCACAGACGCCAUCAUUACAUGAUUCCCGCUCCAGACUAUUGAUGAGGUAACCUGAAAUUGGACAGCUGUUUUUCAACUUUGUAUAAUUGCACAAUAAGAGGGCUGUGGUGACGGUGGCAGUAAGUCUGCCCUUUCUGUGUAAGAAAUCCACCACCAAACACGCACAAUGGAAGUGGAGGAUGCCUUAUCGGCAAAGUUCAGGGGCCUGAUUCAAGGGCUCAUGGUGUCGACAACCUCAGAGAUAGUCAAAAUAUUCAGCAAAGUUUUGCUGGAGACCAGAAUGGAGAUCACCCGGAGCUGGAGGGAGAUCGACUUGUUGAAGCAGCAGUUGGAGGAAUGUGAGCAGCAGAAGAAAGAGGCCAUCAUUAGGGCUCAAAGAAAUGACUUCAAAAGAGAAGAUGACGAAAUGGAAGUGUCACACGUGAAUUCCCAGCCUGAAGUGCAGAGCUCAGACACGGUAACAUUGGAGGAGGUGGGGCCUGAAGAAAGAGCAGAGAAUGUCUCAGAAUCGGAGACAACACAGUCAACACAGACAACACCAGGCCAAGAGGUUCAGAAAAUCUGUGCAACAGCUGCAACUGCCAAAAACAGUCAGAAGACCAAGUGCAAAGAGCCAAAAUGCACACAGCAUGCAGUAAAACCGAAAAUGGCUUGUCCUGCCAAUGUGUCACGGGUGAAAGGGCGGAAAUCAUCAUUAGACAAGACCAUCUCACCGCCCACAUCUGAAAUCAUUGCAAAUGGACCAUCUACAAGUGUGGACAUAUUAACAAAGAGCCCAAAAUCAGACGUGGUGAAAAAAAGGAAAUUAAUCGAAACGCCAAAGCACGCUAAUGAUGUUAGCGUUGCUCGCGGACUUCGAGACCGACAACACCUCAGCAUGCAGAGGCACUGUCUGUGUUGUUCGUCGGACAAGUGUGACCUCCAGUCUAGCCCUUCCAGAGCCAUGCACCAGGUCCCUAGUGUGUAUAUCUGUCGUAAAUGUGAGAGAAGGUUUAAGACAGACAUCUUGUUCAAGAGUCACAAUUGCCCAAUGCCUCAGAAUUGCAACAGGUGUGGGCAGAUGUUCACUACUCUUCAGGGACUCGCCGCACACAGUCAGGAAGUUCAACCUGAGGUCAGCUGCAGUCAGUGUGAACAAACAUUUGCCACUCAGUGUGCUUUAACCGUGCACAAACGGAUCCACACCAACCUUAUUGUUCCCAAGGAUAUUAAAGCUAAGAGGUUCGAAGUUCGUCUCGAAAGAAUCUCAGACUCCCAGCUGGAGGCUGCUUUGUCCUCAAAAAGCUUUCUCUUGCAACAUAACUCUUCAAAACAGGAUCUUCUGAGUGAAUCGCAGAAUAUGGCUGCAGCAGAUACAAGUUCUGGAUCUGCAUGCAAAUCCAGUGCUGAAUCCACGGCGGUGAAUGUACCUGAGACCAGCGAGAUGCAACUAUCACCCCAAAGCGUAGUAGAAAGCCUGGAUUCAAGGCCAGGGACCCUGCUGGAGUCCAGUGUUGGGCAGUCAAGUGUCAGGAAGGUAUAUGCUGUCAUGUCAUCUUCCUCAUCCCAAAUUCAGAUUAGUGAGGAUGCAAAAGGAUCAGAGUCACCAGCUGUGGAUGAAACUGAAAAAGUAACAGAUGAUGAAAAGAAUGCCAGUGCAAGUGAUGAGUCAGGACUCCGUUCUCCUCCAAGAAAGCGGAAAAUGCAAGAUUGCUCCCAUGAUGCAUACAAUGGUGUGUUUCCUGUUGAAAAUAUUCUGAGAUGGAGAAACAACAAGGGAAGAAAUGAAGUUCGGGUCAAGUGGAUGCCUUGCACAUUGUGUGGAGCAAAGUUUCAGAACACAUGGGAACCAGCAGAAAGCUUUCCAGGCUAUUUGGAUGACAAGAACGAAGAGCCAAAGAAAGACUAGAAGGAUCAAAAAUGAUAUGUUGACUAAGCUUUUAUGAAGUUCUCUGUUUACACUAUAAGAAUGUAUGCUUUGCAAUGCAGUUAAUUUAAUGAGGUUUUUCUUGCCAUGCCAUUUUCCUGUAUUAUACGUUGGUUGGUUGCAUACGGUGACCCUGGAUAGAUGCAUUAAAGUUAAAAACGUGGCGUUACUUUUUUAGUACAUCGAUUGAAAUGCCUGAGAUGGGAGUCUUUUUUUCUUAUUAUAACUUGUCUUAUUGUGAUCAGCAAAUCAUUUUGUGUAUUAUUCUCGAUAUUUAGUAUUUGAACGGCUGCCUCAUCUUUGAUUGAGGGUUCAGUUACAUGUUUACAUGUUUUUGGUGAAGCUUGUUGGAUUGUUGAUUGUUGUGUUCAUAGAUAGUGUUUUUUUUUUUUAUUCAGCAAUUUGAUUUAUGCUAUUAAUUGGCUAGGCUGUUUGUGGGUCAACAGUUUAUUACUUAAACAGCAUCAAUGUUCAUUGCCUCGUCCUGUUUUAAAGUUGUAUGUUAUCAUAUGAAAUAAUACAGCUAUGUUGAAGGCAUAUUUUAAGGAAUUUGUGGAAAUGUUAACCAACAUGUCGUCACACAGCUGAUGUAGGAUGGUAAAUAAAGAAGAUGGUAAGUGUACUGGAAAACCCCACAAAUGUAAAUAAACAGAUUCAAACUGGUUAGACUUCUCAUAAGUAUCAUUACAUCUUUUCACCAGCAUAAAAAUCUUAUUGUGGUUUUGAUCAUUGUGUAUAUUUUUGUUCACAGAUUUUUGUUUGACGUUUGUUUGAAGUCAUAUUUUAAACUAAAGUCACACAAAUCUUGGUGAAUGUGUUAACAUAGAUUGUGGGAAAAGUUAACUGGCUUUGUUAGUUAUCAGAAAUUCCAAACCAUCUCUGUAUUUCAGCCUUUAUUAGUAUGAUAAAUUGAGUCUUCUUUUAAUUUGGAGCUAUGACAAUACGGUUCUAACUUUUACAAGUGUAUGUCUGCAUUCCAACUCAAAGUCAGUGCUUUACUGUGAAAUAUAAAGCACUCAUUUUCAGUGAGACUACAGUGAGCAAUAUUGGCAGUGGCACUUGUUUGUGGAAUGCAUCAAUAUAUUAUUGCAGUGUUUAAAAUUGUUGUUAAAAAUACUGUUCUGUGCAGGUAAAAUACAAUGCACUCCCUAUCUACAAGUAAAUCCGAUUAAAUUAUAUUUGUAUUAAAAGUUAAAUGUAUUGAAAACAAACUUUUUCAAAGCUGCUGAAAGUCAAACUUUAACUCUAUCAUAACUACAACCAUAACCAACAGGAUGUCAUAUAUAUGUUAUGUGGUCUGUGUGACAUGGUCACAAAAAACAUUCAUAGUGGAAAAAAAAACAAGAAUCAUAAACAUGAAAAGGGAACUUUUUUACCAAACCAGCAAUGCAUGGAAAUCCUAAUAAUUACAAGUUUUGUGACACUUUUUCUUGUGGUUUUGACAUGCUGUAAAUGAGUUUCCACA